AUGGCAGAACCGCCUUCCAAAAAACUUUGUAUUUUGUCAAAGAAAAAGAUAUUAAGAGAUUCUCAAAGAAGAAUGGCCCAAGAAACGUCUGUGGAACGUCAAAGAAGGAUGGAACAUGACCGAAUUUCGACAAGCAAUUCUAGAGCCCAAGAAGUAUCAGAGAAACGUCAAAGAAGAAUGGAAGAGAUUUUCAGCUAUUGGCCAAUGCAACUUUUAUAUUUUACUCCGAGAGAGAUUUCUUUGCAUAACUCCAUCGAUGAUUUAUGGGUAACGCUCUUUGGAAAAGUUUUGGAUCUAACGCCUUUAAUCCAAUCUCGUACAGACGAUCCAAGAACAUUUCCUCUUCAUACCUUUGGAGGGAAAGAUAUUUCUCAUUUUUUCAAUGACAAAGGACAGCUGAAGCAUCACGUGAAUCCUGAUAGUGGAAAAAUUGAUUUCUUUUUACCGUUUGGAUCAUUUUUUGACAUUCCGUCUCAGCAAGUUAUCGAGGACAACCUUUUGGAAGAUGAAACAUUUCAAAAUAAUAUAGCAAAUGCUCUUAUUGAUAGAUACAGACUACAACGAAUUGGUUAUAAGCGUUUUCCCUCACAAACAACAUCACCUCCCAUGAACGAUGACAUUGAGCCCUGGUGGGAAGAUGAUAAAUAUGUUAUCGGACGAGUUACACUUAAGCCCCGUUGGAUUAGAGUGAGAAAUACCAUGAUUAUGAAAAGCGUAACUUUUGAAGUAAGCGCAAAGCAGGAUUUUGCGUCUAUAUGGUGUUUCUCAGAGUCAUUAUAAAAAAGGAUUGCGUAGCUCUCACGGUCUAUGUUACAGAGACAAAAUUUCACAUUUUCAGGUGGCAACAUCCAAUUUUUUGAUCGAAACGUAAUCUUUACAGUAAAAAACCUGAAAUGGAGUUGAU